UAGAUGGCGGUAAUGCACACCAGAAGGUUGCUUAUCAACCGCCAUUAAACAAAAAAAAGAAGAAGUCAGAGCAUUUGCUCGAGUUGGCUUCCCUUCCACCAGCUUGUUGUCAACAUUGUAAACAUCCCGAGAAACAAAGAUGAAUCGACGACCAAGAGCCACUGUCAAAACUCUGGACUAUGGAGAGCUAGAAGAUGACUGGAUAAAUAACGAUGACGCCAUUGAAGAGGAAUGGAAACCACCUGAGCGAAAAGCCCCCUGCCCAGGUUCCAGGGCCUCUGCUGCAGGAGAAAAGCAGGCCGCUACCAAGAGAACUUCCAGGGCCAAAGAGCCUAAAGUGCCUAACAAUGAAACGUUGUUGCAAAAACCUGCUACCAGAAGGAAGGCACAAGCCCCUCAAAGUAGGGCAAAGAAAACCAAAACCAACUCUGAUGAGGCCAGCAUGAAUGCAGGUGAACAUAAAAGCGACAUUAAAAGUGAUUUACCGCCCAGUCCGACAGCAGCAGAGGGUGGGUCAAGUGUCAGAGCAAAAGAGGAGAGAGUUUCGUUUACUGUGUCGAAUGCUGAUGCAGGCCCAUCAUUUUCUGGUUGGACAGCAAAGAAAGAAGAAGAAUUGGAAGACUUCACCUUUGAUGAACCUGCUCUUAAGAAACAGAAGAUGGGCGCUGAUAGUCAGACUGUCCUGUCCAAAAAAUCACAUGUUUUGGCAAAAGAGGACCUUAAUAUGAACUGGGACACGAUAGAGUUGCUGUCCACUUUCACGUGUGUAGAACAAUGGGUGUGCGCCAAUGUGGUCACCUUACUCCGUGAAGAGAACACCGUGCCUUUCAUGGUGCGCUACCGCAAAGAGAUGAUAAACCACAUGGAUGCGGACGCUGUGCGGGACGUUCAGCUUGUGUACGAAGAUCUAUGCACAGUGGCAAAGAAGACCCAGUCUGUGGUCAACACACUGAAGAAAGAUGGGGUCCUGACCACUGAACUUGAGCAAAGCCUGAGGAGCUGCCGAACCUUGGAUGAACUGGAUCACGUGUAUACUCCCUAUAAAAAAGGCUGCAAGGUGACCAAAGUUCGCAAGGCCAAGGCUCUCGGCCUGGAGGCAGCUGCCACCGCUCUCAUGGAGGCUCCACACAAUUUGGAUUUAAGGACAUGGGUUAAACCUGGAACAGAAGGUCUGUCAUCUGUGGAUGAGGUUGCGACAGGCACGGAGCAUAUUCUCGCCUACACGAUAGCCAAAGACCCGGAGACCCUCAGCUAUGUGAAAACAUUGUGUGAGAACAGCUUGGUGACCCUCCACUCAUCAGUGACCAAGGCUGCCCUCAAGGAGAAAGAAGAGCAGGAGAAAUUGGACCAGGACCAUAAGAAGCUUGGACAUCAGAAGAAAAAAAAGCAGGACAUUGACAAGUUUCAUCUCUACUUUGACUUCACCUGCAAUAUCCAACGCAUUCAGCCUCAUCAGACUUUGGCCAUUAACAGAGGGGAGAGUCUGAAGUUUUUGACAGUGAAGGUGAACAUCCCUGACAGGGUGAAGAGCUUCUUCACCGGGUGGUGCAUCAACACCAGAUGGAAACCAAAGAUGUAUGCUAGAGAGGAGCAUCAAGCGAUAAUCAAGAGUGCGGUGGAUGACUCUUAUAAAAGGCUUGUUUUGCCCUUCCUAACAAGGAUGUACAGAAGUAAACUUACCACAACAGCAGAGAAGGAGUCCAUCGCCAUGUUUGUACGAAACCUACGCCAGCGCUUGUUAAUGUGUCCAGUUCGGGGCUGUGUCAUGAUGGGGGUGGACCCUGGCUUCACACAUGGCUGUAAGGUGGCAGUCCUCUCCCCAACUGGUCAGAUUCUUCAUACAGAUGUCGUCUAUCUACACAGCUCCCGCAAUCACAAUGAGGCAGACAAAUUGCGCCACCUAAUCUUACAAUACAGCUGCAGCAGGGUCGUCAUUGGCAACGGGACAGCGUGUCGAGAGACCGAGUCCUUCUUUGCUGAUCUCAUCGCAAGGCGUUUUUUUCACCCCCUGGACGUGUCCUACUGCAUUACCAAUGAGGCUGGAGCAUCCAUCUACAGUGUAAGCCCUGAGGCAGUCAAGGAGAUGCCAGAUUUGGACCCCAACCUGAGGAGCGCAGUGUCCAUUGGAAGACGUGUCCAGGAUCCGUUGGCGGAGCUUGUGAAGAUAGAUCCAAAACACAUAGGCAUUGGAACGUACCAGCAUGAUGUUUCAUCCAGCGCUCUGAAGGCAGCUCUGGACAGUGUGGUGCAGGAGUGUGUGAGCUUCGUUGGGGUUGACAUCAACAUUUGCUCUGAGACUCUGAUGAGACACGUUGCAGGUUUAAAUGCAGGCACGGCACGGAAUAUUGCCGAGUGGAGAGAGCAGAAUGGUCGCUUCGUCAACAGGGAACAGCUGAAACUGGUCAAAGGCAUAGGACCAAAGAGCUACCAGCAGUGUGCCGGCUUCAUCAGAAUCAACCAGCAAACCAUGCACAGUGCCAGGUCUGCACCUCCUCCAGCAGCGCUACAAAAACCGUCAGCAAAGAAGGUCAAAGGAAAGUCCAGUGUCAUACCGACACACUUCAACCCUCUGGACCAGACCUGCAUACACCCUGAGUCCUACGAUGUGGCGCAGAGGUUUCUUUGCCUCAUUGGUGGCAGUGCUAACCACAUCGGAAGUGCUGAGCUCAAACAGUGUGUAAACAGUAAAGUUGGCUCCAGCAGCGUGGAAGAGCUGUCCAAAACGCUGGGCACCACACCUGAGACCCUCCAGCUCAUCAUUGACGGCUUCACGCAGCCCCCUGGGUUUGACAUUCGCCAAGAUUUUGGGCAGGAGGACUUUAAGCGAGGUGUCGUAUCCAUUCAUGACCUAAAGGUGGGCACAGUCCUGACAGGCCGGGUGGACAACACGUGUCUAUUUGGGGCUUUCGUAGACAUCGGCGUUGGCCGCGACGGUCUCAUCCAUAAGAGCAACAUUACUUUGGAUAAGCUACCCAUUAGCCAGCGACGCCGCAGCCUUGCCUUGGGACCUGGGGAGAAGGUGGAGGUCCGGGUGUUAAAUGUGGACGCCAAGCGGGGACGCAUCGGCCUGGACCUGAUCAGGGUUCUGCAGUGAUUAGCACUUAAUUAGUUUUAUUGAAGCGUUCAUUCUUCUUUUAAAUAAGAGACUCUUAUUUGGACUCCGUCUUUCACGCUGCUUUUUUUUUUUCCAAUUGUCGUAAAGCAAUGACUCAAGGAUGGAACAGCCAUGGAAGAAAAUAAACCAACAUGAAGACUUGAAGAGACUCACAGCGGGCCGCUGCCAGGGGAACGGGUGGAGGUCAGAAUUAGGGAUAGGAGGAGGAGAGCAUACGUUUAUUUUCUAGACUACAGCAAAGCCUGGAGGCUUUUUAGGCAUUGUCCCAGACAUAAUUAUCCCAGGACACACAUGCUAAUCGGCUGCUUCAAAAUUAAUCCCAGGCUCCCCAUCCACAUUAUCUCAUUUGUUUGUUUUUAUAAAAGCUGCAGUAAAUACGAGAUACAAAAACGUAAUGUGGUUCUGAGAAAGCGACGGUCCCCUGUGCUGAACUUGAUACUGAAUGCAGAAUACCUAAUCAUUGUAAGGGCCGCCGCAUCCCCUUGGGCUACAAAUAGAAUACAUUCUAGACGCACAAACACAGAGAAAUAUUUGAUCAAGCGUAAUCACAUGUGGCACUUUGCGUUCAGAUUAUCGGUCAAAGCUGGACUUGCAUAAUAUUGCCACUAUUUGCUCAGUCUUUUCUCUUUCAGAGAGGAUUACAUUUUCCCAUCUGCAUGCCUCAUUCUGUUUUGAUGCUAACCUUUGUCAACAUUUCCCUGCACACCCCUGAUCAAAGUAUUGAGACCUGUGCAUGCAGCGUUUCUUUGUAUCCUUCCUUAUUUUCCAUCCCUCUUCUAGACAUGAGGGCACGGACGGGACAAGCAAUCUGGCAGCCUGCUUUCAUUGCCCCUUUGUGUUCCACUCAAACACAGACGAGCAAUAAGAAGCAGCUUGACGGCAGGACUAUGUUUGUGGCUCUCACUUCUCAUCUGAUCUGCAAAUUUCAGGUUUUUGUGAUAGAGUGACCUCAGAUGUGCCUUUCUAAGUAAACGCUUAACUAUUUGUUGUCGGUUAUAUGCAUCUUUUAGCAUCCAAAAAGCUUUCAGGUUCAUCCUCUCUAAGAGAUUUACCACCUGCCCGUGAAAAAAGAAACAUGCUAUAUAACUUCUAAAGGCUGGCCACAUCCAGUAAUAACAAACACCACACUGACGAUCUGAUCAAUGCUUUUUCCAGAGUACAGGCGGAUCUGCUGCCACAUCCGUAAGGCUUAGGAGGAUAAGAUCCCAAUACGAGAUUUGUUAUUUAUGUGUCGUUGAGUGUAUCAAGCCAAUAUGGUUUAAAAAUUAUCGCGACUUGUAGAAAUCACUGGCCUUUAGUUUGGCGAUUUUUCCAAUAGUUAGAAAAGAAGCACCGCUAAUACUCAAAUUCAAUUUGAUGUUAAGUCAGCUAAUUUUUACAUUGUCUUAUUAGCAGUAAAAUGAGUGCUUUCGUUUCCUAAUCUGAGGUUUCUGUACUUGUUUGUGAUAAGAAAAUAAAACUAAGAAAAAAAAUGAAAUUAUUUAACAACCUCGUGUGUUUCCUCCACUCCAAUUCUUUGUAUAAUUAGCACCCAAGAAUGUUGGUCUGUUUAAAAAAAAGAACCUGUGUAAGAAGGUCAAACUUGCCAUUAAUGUGCCACUGUGUUCUCGUUCCAUGUACCUGCUGUGAUUAUCUUCUUAGGAUCAAUUAUAAAGCAAUUUUACACACUC